CCAGCCAGCCAUCCAGCCUGCUUGUCUUGCGCGCUCGCGGAGCCGGGCUCUUCCUCCUCCUCCCUCCUCGCGCUCGCCUUCCCUCCUCCCUGCCUGGCCUUGGCACCUCACCGGGCAGCCGCCAAUGAGGAAGCCCCGCGCUUGGCUCUAAAGGCGGCCUGGGAAGCGGGAGGAGGAGGAGGCAAAGGGAAAGCGGAGGCGGACGGGGAAAGCCGCCCUCUUGCGCCUCCUCCUCCUCCUCCAUCUCGGAGCAUCUUGGGCCAUCGUCGGACACACGGAUCGGCUCUCUCGGGGCUGCAGAGAAAAUUGAGCUGAAUUCCUUGAACUGAGAGCUUUGAAGAUGUGAUCUUAAUAUACAGGAAAGAGAAGUUUCCCUCUAAAACCAAAGAAAACUCUGUUUUUCUACCCAAAUAAGUGCUAUUUGGGUAGUUGUUCAAAACAAUGGCAAAACCAUAUGAAUUUAACUGGCAGAAGCCAGUUCCGUCCUUUCUACAAGAUGGAGCUGUUUUCGACAGGUUUGAAGAAGAAUCGUCUGUCUUUGAACCAAGCUGCCUCUUCAAAGUGGAUGAGUUUGGCUUUUUUCUAACAUGGAAAAGUGAUGGAAAGGAAGGGCAAGUUUUGGAAUGCUCCCUCAUCAACAGUAUUCGUGUUGGCGCUGUACCAAAGGAUCCAAAGAUAUUGGCUGCUCUUGAGGCUGUUGGCAAAGCAGAAAAUGAACUGGAAGGACAAAUAGUUUGUGUCUGUAGUGGCACAGAUCUGGUGAAUAUCAACUUCACAUACAUGGUAGCAGAAAACACUGAAGAAGCUAAGCAAUGGAUCGAAGGACUCCGAUCAGUCAUACAUAAUUUUAGAGCAAACAAUGUCUGUCCCAUGACAUGCCUCAAGAAACACUGGAUGAAACUGGCAUUUCUAACCAACACAAAUGGCAAGAUUCCUGUUAGAAGCAUUACCAGAACCUUUGCAUCAGGGAAAACGGAAAAGGUGAUCUUUCAGGCACUUAAGGAAUUGGGUCUUCCCAGCGGAAAGAAUGAUGAAAUAGAGCCUUCAGCUUUUACUUAUGAGAAGUUUUACGAGCUCACUCAGAAGAUAUGUCCUCGUACUGAUAUAGAGGAUCUUUUUCGAAAAAUCAAUGGAGACAAAACUGAUUAUUUAACGGUAGACCAAUUAGUGAGCUUUCUAAAUGAACACCAACGAGAUCCUCGGCUGAAUGAAAUUUUAUUUCCAUUCUAUGAUCCCAAAAGAGCAAUGCAGAUAGUGGAGACAUAUGAGCCAGAUGAAGAUUUAAAGAGCAAAGGUCUCAUGUCGAGUGAUGGAUUCUGCCGAUACUUGAUGUCAGAUGAGAAUGCACCUGUCUUCCUGGAUCGCUUAGAACUAUACCAAGAAAUGGAACAGCCUUUGGCUCAUUAUUUUAUUAGCUCAUCCCACAACACUUAUCUCACAGGAAGACAGUUUGGUGGGAAGUCAUCUGUGGAGAUGUAUAGACAAGUCCUCUUAGCUGGAUGCAGAUGUGUCGAACUUGAUUGCUGGGAUGGUAAAGGUGAGGACCAAGAACCAAUAAUAACACAUGGAAAGGCUAUGUGUACGGAUAUACUUUUCAAGGACGUGAUUCAAGCUAUUCGGGAAACUGCAUUUGUAACAUCGGACUAUCCUGUCAUCUUGUCAUUUGAAAACCACUGCAGCAAAUAUCAACAAUACAAAAUGUCAAAAUAUUGUGAAGAUAUUUUUGGAGAACUUCUGCUGAAGCAACCACUAGAAGGAUAUCCACUUGAAUCAGGAAGACCCCUGCCUUCCCCAAAUGACCUGAAAAAAAAGAUUCUUAUCAAAAAUAAGAGGUUGAAACCAGAAGUGGAGAAAAAACAGCUAGAAAAUUUGAAAAGUAUGAUGGAAGCUGGUGAAACCGCUGCUCCUGUCAGCAUCUUAGAAGAUGAUAAUGAAGAAGAAAUAGAAAGUGCUGACCAGGAAGAGGAAGCCCAUCCAGAGUACAAGUUUGGAAGUGAGCUCUCUGCUGAUGACUUGAGCCAAAAAGAAGUGGUGGCCAAUCAUGUGAAAAAGGCUGUGGACGAUUCUGAACAAGAAAACAAUAAAAAGGGGGUAAUAACUGCAGAGGAUGAGCAGGCAUGGAUGGCUUCUUACAAAUAUGUAGGUGCCACAACUAAUAUACAUCCAUACUUAUCAGCGUUGAUCAACUAUGCCCAACCUGUUAAAUUUCAAGGUUUCAAUGUAGCAGAAGAACGCAACAUUCACUACAAUAUGUCUUCUUUUAAUGAGUCGGUUGGUCUAGGUUAUUUGAAAACACACGCAAUUGAGUUCGUGAACUAUAAUAAACGUCAAAUGAGUCGAAUUUACCCAAAGGGAGGCAGAGUGGAUUCCAGCAAUUAUAUGCCUCAAAUUUUCUGGAACGCUGGAUGCCAGAUGGUCUCGCUCAACUAUCAGACUCCAGAUUUAGCAAUGCAGUUGAAUCAGGGAAAAUUUGAAUAUAAUGGGUCAUGCGGGUUUCUUCUUAAACCAGAUUUUAUGAGACGACCUGAUCGGACAUUUGAUCCUUUCUCUGAAACUCCUGUAGAUGGUGUAAUUGCAGCAACUUGUUCAGUACAGGUAAUAUCGGGACAGUUCUUAUCAGACAAAAAAAUUGGUACUUACGUAGAAGUGGAUAUGUAUGGCCUUCCCACCGACACUAUACGUAAAGAAUUCCGAACGCGGAUGGUGAUGAACAAUGGUUUGAAUCCUGUUUACAAUGAAGAAUCAUUUGUAUUCCGAAAGGUUAUCCUACCAGAUCUUGCAGUCUUGAGAAUAGCCGUUUAUGACGACAACAACAAACUGAUUGGCCAAAGGAUAUUGCCUCUAGAUGGUCUUCAAGCAGGUUACAGACACAUUUCUCUUCGAAAUGAAGGCAACAAGCCAUUAUCUCUGCCAACAAUCUUCUGCAACAUCGUACUCAAAACAUAUGUACCGGAUGGGUUUGGAGAUAUUGUGGAUGCUUUGUCAGAUCCCAAGAAAUUUUUAUCUGUCAUGGAAAAAAGGGCAGACCAGAUGAGAGCUAUGGGGAUUGAAACAAGUGAUAUAGCUGAUGUUCCAAAUGACACAUCAAAGAAUGAGAAGAAAGGCAAAGCUAAUAAUCCCAAAACAAAUGUUACUCCUCAGACUAGCUCUGAACUUAGACCAAAUGCCACAACAAGCGUGGGACCAGGAGUAGAACCUAAGAAAGGUAUAGAUCUUAUUCCUCAAAUAAAGAUAGAAGAUUUGAAGCAAAUGAAGGCAUAUAUAAAGCAUUUGAAAAAACAGCAAAAAGAGUUGAACGCUUUGAAGAAGAGACAUGUAAAGGAACACAGUGUCAUGCAAAAGUUGCACUGCACACAAGUUGACAAAAUGGUAGCACAGUAUGACAAAGAGAAAUUAGGGUAUGAGAAAAUCCUUGAAAAAGCAAUCAAGAAAAAAGGAGGGAAUAACUGCCUCGAAGUGAAAAAAGAAAUAGAAAAUAAAGUACAGAUGCUAACAUCUGAUCACAAAUCUAAGGUAAAAGAAAUUGUGGCACAGCACACAAAAGAGUGGUCUGAGAUGAUCAAUACACAUAGUGCCGAAGAGCAAGAAAUGCGUGAUUUGCAUCUGAGCCAGCAAUGCGAGUUACUAAAGAAGCUGCUAGUUAAUGCGCAUGAACAGCAAACCCAGCAACUAAAGCUUUCCCAUGACAGAGAAAGCAAAGAAAUGCGUGCCAAUCAAGCCAAAAUUUCAAUGGAAAACAGUAAAGCCAUCAGCCAAGACAAAUCCAUCAAAAACAAAGCUGAAAGAGAGAGGCGUGUCAGGGAACUGAACAGCAGCAACACAAAGAAGUUUUUAGAAGAAAGAAAGCGGUUGGCAAUGAAGCAGUCAAAGGAAAUGGAUCAGCUAAAGAAAGUUCAACUUGAACAUCUAGAAAUUCUGGAGAAGCAAAAUGAGCAGCUUUUGAAAUCCUGUCAUGCAGUGUCUCAAAUUCAAGGCAAAGGAGAUGCAGCAGAUGGUGAAGCUCGAAGCGGAGAUGGACCGCAGGCCAGCAACAGUGGUAUAAAGCUAUAACAGGCACACUGACAUCUGCAAAUCAGCAAAUCUUUUUUUGUAUUUCUAAAGCUAACUCACUGGAGAGUGGAAGGUUGUCUCUCUUUCACGUAGUGUCAAGUGUAGGUGCAAAUCACUGAUAAAGAGCUUGGAUAUAUUUUUUGGUAACAUUUGAUGUACUGUAUGAAGAAGAAGAAGAAGAA